CCCCCUGCCUGCUGGGGCAGAGAGGUCCCCACUGAUUCCCGGCUGCUCCCUUACCACCAACUAACUAUCCCGGCACCCGCUAUCCGUGCUCGCCUCGUCAAGGCAGCCCGCUCUCUUCACAGAAGGGUCCUUCUUCUUGAGCCCCGACUCCCACGGUUUCCAUCAAUUUGGAUCCGAAAACAGCUUGUGCCUGCUGUUUGCACGAUUACGGUAGCCCGAAACGCUCGGUCGCUCCGACAGAAUGCUCGACACGCUCCUGAUCCGUCUCGACGAGAGCAUCACCGAGCUCUUUGGACAAUGGAAUCUCUGGACUAGCGCCAUCUUCACCGUUCUCGUCGGGGUUUUGACGUACCAGAUCGCGACACGGCAAGAUCCAGACACCCAUCCGUUCAUUCUUGCCCGCCAAGCCCAUGGAUCGGCCGUCCGUCAACCCGGCGAAUCCUCCGUCUACAGAUCCCCGGCCGCUCCCCAUGGCAUGCCCCUCAAUGCCGGCUUGAAUGUGAAGGACCCGGGGGCCUCCAAGUGGUCGCGGGGACGCGAUGGAGACCUGCGGGACGUCUGGCGCCAAGCUAUUGCGGGCGUGCAAGAGGAUGGCCCUAACAAGGGAGCCACGGGUCGCAUUCUGACUGUGCUCGGCACCGACAAGACGAUUGAACACCCCCUCGCCGACGUCACCCGCCAGAUCAACCUGAUCGGCCAGCACAUCGCCGACCAGGGCGGCAACCGUGUGGCCAUCUAUCUCCCCAACUCGGUCGAGCUGCUUGCCACGCUGUUCGCCUGCGCCUUCUACAACUUGACCGCCGUGAUCCUGCCCUUUGACGAGCCCGCCGACGCCGUCCUCUCCAUGCUACGCCGGUCCGCGGCUGACACCGUGGUGACCGCGCCAGGGUCCUUCCCCUUUGAUGCCGUCGCCAAGAGCUACCCUUCCCUUCGCCAGCUGAUCUGGGUCGUCGACGAGGGCAGCAAGCACUUGGAUUGGAACGAGAUCCCUCAGGGUACUGGCGGCAGCGUCAGCGUCUCUACCUGGCAGGAGAUCGUCAACGACGGGUCCGUCGAUGCAGGCAAGGAGCUACCACCGCUAGAGGGGCAGAAAGAACCCCGCGAUAUCACCGUCUUCUGGAAGCCGAGGCCGGGUCAGCAGGAGGAGAUGGUGCGCUUCACUUCGGCCAACAUCGUUUCCGGCAUUGCCGCGCAGAUCUUCGCCAUCCCUACUGCGCAGCGGAUGGGUCCCUCGGACCUGUUCCUCCCCGCUGACUCCCUCGCCAACACGCACACUCUCGUCCUCACCUUGGCCGCGCUCUUCUCCAACGCUUCCGUCGCCUUCAACUCGGUCGCCGCGCAAGCCGACGACCUUGCCGUGUCCACGCGCGGCACCGUCUCCCCGACCAUUCUGGUCGCUACCCCCGCCGCCCUCCUCAAGACCCAUCAGGAAUCGCUUGCCCGCAUCAACUCGUCGCUUGUCGCCCGCAUCCGCCAUCGCCUGCAAGUCCGCAAACUGACCCAACACGGCGUCCUUCCCACCGGAAGCAGCAACAACAACAGCAAGCUGCGAUUGAUUCUGACCGCCGAGCGCGUCGGCGCUGGUACCCCCCUGCUUUCGACGGCCGUGCUGACGGAUCUGCGCGCGAUCACCGGCGCUCGGAUCGUGUACGCGUUGACGGCCGCCAAGGUUGCCGGCGCCGCGACACAGACUUUGUUUUUCGACUACAGGGUCUUGGAGGGCCAGCAGACCCACUUUGGGCCGCCGCUGACGAGCACCGAAAUCCUGUUCCGGGAUAUGGGUGAGUGGAAGACCACGGAUGAAGAGGGAAGCAGGGGCGAGAUUAUUGUUCGCGGACCUUCUGUUUCCGGUGGCGAGGCUGCCCUUGGUGUGGCCGGUAAGAUGAGGGAUGAUAACACGUUGGCGUACGUUUGAAUGGACUCGGUGAAUCAUGCACGCAUGGUAAGGGGACACACAUGACUUUCCGGCCUCGACGAGAUGUUUUCUCGUCGAGCGGUAUUCGCAGCAUUUAUCAGAGGUUCAAAUUACGUCUUCGACUGUCGGGUUCAGUUGCUUGGGUCUUCCCAUUGUUCCGCAACAUAGAACUAAUUCCCCUAUUUAUUAUUCCCUUACCACGAGCGAGCUGAUCAGUCAU